AUGGCGGAGCCUCUCGCUGCCGGGACAAAACGCACCGCCGUUGUACCGGACCCCCCCACGGGACCGGGACCCCCCGGCACCGGCCCGGUCCGCCCUCCCCCGCCUCAGGCCGCGGAUCCCCGGCCCUGGCACCCCCCAAAACCCCCUCGGGGUCCCCGGGGCUCGGUGCUCCCGGUGCCCCCGCCCCGGCCCGGGUUCCUCCCGGUCCGACCCUCUCCCGCUUCCCCCCCCUUCGCCCCGCCAACUUGGUUCCCCCCACUGCGAUGGUUCCGCCCGGUCCGUCGCCAGGUCCGUCCCGGCGGGACCCGCUUCCGGUCAUGGCGGCGGCGACGGCCGGGGGGGGGCCGCGGCCUCUGGGGCCGCGUCGCGGAGAGUCGCAUCGGGCGCUGGUGGCGGGCGCUGCUGCAGGACUACGCGGCGGCGGUGCGGGAGGCGGCGGAGGGGGCUCGUCGCCGUCCCGGGGCGGCGGCGGGUUCCCUGGCGGGGUUGGCGGGGGCGGCCGCCUGCGCCGCCGCCGUCCCCAGCGCCGAAUCCUUCGAGGCGGCGACGGUGGAAGCGGCCGGCACGUUGCUGCUCCUCUCGCCCAGCACCCGCAGCCCCGCCGCCGAUCGGCACGUCCAACGCCUGCUGCGACGCCGCGAGGCCGGCCGGUUACGUUACCGCGACUUCUUCUUUGUGGCGGUGGUCUACGAAGCCCCCCACGCCGCCGACGCCGCGCUCUACCCGGCGCGGUGCCCGCACUUAGGGCCGCGGUGGCGGGAGCUGCCCGGUCGCCUCCUGGACGUGGGGUUCUGGGGACGCUGGUGGGUGCUGGGGGCCCGGCUGCGGGACUGCGACGUCAACGAGGAGGAGUUCGGGGGGCUGCCGGCCCGGCUGCGCCACGUGAGCCCCCACCACCUCCGCUCCCACCGCAACGAGAGCCAGUUCCUGGAAAAAUUCCGGCCCGUCACCCUCACCGAGGAGGAGAUCCGGCGCGCCGAGAGCGAGGCGGCGGCGGCACCGGCACGCGCCGAGGGCACGCGGCUCGGCGGCGACGCCGGGGAUCCGUAAACGGGACCGCUGGCGCCGGGCGGCGUGUUCGACUCGUUAACACUGGUGAAUUGUCAUCUGUAACUUGGCGUUUACUUAAUUCUCAUUUAUAACUCA